AUGACCCCAUGGGGUCCGCCCGUGAUCAUAGAUGACACUGUCAUCAGUGAUCGUCAUAAUCGUCACUAUGCCGAUGCCUCCAUCAACUCUUUAUUUUCCGGUCACACGACCACUCUCUUUAUAGCAAAAGAUGUCAUAUUCUGCUUUUAUUGUUAUCUUUUCAAACCAAAUAGUGAAGAACAUGGUGGUGGUGAUUCUUUUAUUGAUGGAGGAUUCUCAAAUUGGAAAAAGAAAGAAAGGUUUCAAAUUCAUGUCGGGAAAAGUGGUAGUGCACACAAUCGAGCUCGGAUUAAGUAUGAGGCUUUUGUGAAUCAGAAACAAAAUAUUGAUUGUGUUCUCUUUAAGAAGUCGAAAAAAACAAAAGAUGAGUAUCGAAUUCGUUUGAAUGCGUCAGUUGAUUGUGUUCGAUUGCUACUACGACAAGGGUUUUCGUUUCAUGGACAUGAUGAAUCAGAAAAUUCAAGAAAUCAAGGAAAUUUUCUUGAAUUUUUGCAAUGGUUAUGUGAUCAUAAUAAAGAGAUUAAGGAUGUUUGUUUGAGUAAUGCUCCCGAAAACCUUCAGUUAACAUCACCUAAAAUUCAAAAGGACAUUGUGAGUGCUAUAGCAUUUGAAACACUUGAUGUUAUUAUGAGGGAUAUUGGUGAUAGGUUAUUUUCCAUUCUUGUUGAUGAAUCUCGUGAUGUAUCAGUGAAGGAGCAAAUGUCCGUUGUUCUACGUUAUUACCACAGCUCUUUGAAGAGGCUUGAAGUUGUUGAAUCAUUAAAUCUUGGUGAAAUCUCAAGUGGAAAGGGCCUUAAUCAAGAAACUACUCUUAAGCGACCUGGUGAUACUCGUUGGGGCUCUCACUAUAAUUCUUUACUUAACUUGAUUAUCAUGUUUUCUGCUACAGUUGAUGUUGUUGAGAUGAUUGCCACUGAUGAUACUAGUUGUGGAAAGCGAGGGGAAGCACGUAUUUUGUUGGGAUCUAUGUUGACAUUUGAUUUUGUAUUCAGUUUGCAUCUCAUGAAAAAGGUAUUGGGUAUUUCAGAUGAAUUGUCAAAAUCAUUACAAAUGAGAGAUCAAGAUAUUGUCAACGCUAUGAAAUUAGUGAAAAUAAGUAAAGAACGACUUCAAGCAAUGAGGGACAAUGAAUGGAAAUCAUUUUUAAGAACAGUUUCCUGCUUUUGCGAAAGGUACAAUAUUGAUGUUCCCAAUAUGGAUGAUAUGUUUAUACCUCUAGGCCGUUCACGGCGUAACACUCAAGAAAUUACAAAUCUACAUCAUUUUCAUGUGGAUUUCUUCUAUGCUAUCAUCGAUAUGCAAAUUCAAGAGUUGAAUGAUCGUUUCUCUGAGCCUUAA